GGACAGAUAUCCAAGAUCCUCCAAUUUCUGAUCAAAAUUGUCCCACCAUUCUGCCGUUUGCAGAUUUCUUUGUGAGCCCUUCACCAGAGACGGUCGUAACCGCUGAGCAGUGAUUGAUAUCCCCUAGAUGGAAAUAUGCUAGCUGGAGAUGUUGAAUAAUCGACUGAUCUUAGACGGAUAGACAUGAACAAGCUCUUGCUGUGCACCCUCUCCUCUCCAUGCUUCCAUCAUUUCUGGAAUAGCGGGACCAAAUCUCAGGUAUUGAUUUCUCCUACAAUUGCAUCCAAAUAUAUUCUAUCAUCUUCGGUAUACUACCUCUCAGACCCUUUGCAAUAAACACUAUCCGCCAUGGAGCGUGAAGAUGUUAUACGCCCAAGUACUGCAAAGAGCCGAACUGUGUAUGAACAAGGCUUUUGUAUUUGGACAAGGCUUCACACGCGUGCUCGACAGGAACCCAGCCUGCCUCAGACUUGUUUCCACAUCCAGCCCGCAGUUCGGCAGGUACCUCCCUUGGUCCAUGACCUGGAUCUGAAAUGUGAGUAUGAAUGCCUCUAUGCGACCGGAACAUCGAUUUGGGAAACCUCGCGGGACCAAUGCAAGCUGCCUCCUGUGGAAAAAAGACUUGAGCUACCAGUUUCUAUCAACCACCCGACACGACUUACUCUCUCUAAAAACCUGAAUCCGACCUAUCAGAAAUGGUUUAAGCGCGAAGAAAGUCACCUCUCUGUGCUAAUAUUGGCAUGGAGCUACAUAUUCUCAGCGCGAUGGGUUGAGCUCAUGCCCGGAGCCCAUCUGACCUAUACUGAGAAGCACGUGGAAUAUGACAACAAGGGAGAUGAGCAAACCCAAGUCAUGGUGGAUAUAGGAAAUGUCGACGAUGAAGCAGCCAGAUGGUGGGCCGCUGUUUUGUCUUCCGGUGAGGGAUGGCAGGCUUACCUUACAUGGGAGGGAGCGAAAUUCCGAUCGCCGUGGUCGACUGUUUUGGAAACAAGGGCGAAAUUUACCCUUGCCUGCCGCAAACCCCUCUGUCAUAUGUCAACUACCGCAGCUUCAUUCACCACUGCAGUUCAUUUUCUCACAGAAUAUUGCUAUCUACACAACAUUGUUGACCAGACCCUGGCGGCGCUAUCUUCAGCAUUGUUUUUUCCUUCAUUGCAUACAAAGAAAAACCCGAUCUCACUCCCGAAACCCAAUUCUCACAGGAGGCAAAGACUCAAGCCAGCCAUAUCAGAGCCAACUGAGCGGAAGCAACUUGGCUCCAUAUCAGAGCAGAUAGUGCCGGAGCUGGACAAGCUUUUAACAUUGAGUUGCAACACACGGGGUCUACGCACUCUUUUGUCAAGCGUAUUUUAUGAACCUGGAAUCCCUUGCAACACUGUAAGCUCAUGGCUGCAGUCUGCGUUCUCCGUUCUUGACUCUGUAGAGGACGACCAUCUACUUGCUCAUAUCCUGAUGAACCGAGUCCCACAGGUUUCUUUUCUUUGGCUUGGUGGCAUAAUCAUGGGUACUCACAAGGAUGUCCUCCAGGAUGGUCGAUUCGGCCUGAUGCCGAUUGACCUCCAUGCAGCAUCAUGGUGUGGUGUCACACAAUCAUUUUUACAGGAACCUGUCUCCCAACCCCUAAUAACUAACGGGGCGCUUUUACGAUCAGAUGAGUGCCGACUUCUCUAUCUGACCCAAGCAGAACGGCAUAGUCAGUGCCCAGUGUCUCCAUGGAUGCCUUUCGGUACCACUGCACUCGAAGACACUGAAAUUGAUGUCCGUCUACAUACACAGUGUACUGGUCACGGUCUUCAAUAUGCGGAUUGGUAUUGGGCUUGUCGAAACGGUAAACUAGUACGUCCAUUGUGCGUUAAAACCACUAUAUCUGCCCAUCUACAGGAACGGCACCCGGCAAUGAAUACACCCAUCAGAUACGACGCUCUGAAUCUCGAGGACGAAUCAGCAUCAGAAAAUGCUACACGGAAUAUAUUUGGCUGUCUCCGAAUUGACGGAUAUCCCCCACGGGAACGAGGAAUAAGUAACCACGAGUGGAUGAAUAUCGAUGAAUCUGAUGAUGAAUCACCAUCUCUGAAUGAGUCACCAAGAAGCCAUGCAGCUGGAACAUCAAAAGCUGCGGUAUAGAACUGGAUACAACAGAGCACCUUGAUAGCCGACUCAAUGAUGAAUUCUUCACAGAUUUGAUUCUUCAGCAAUCUGCCCGGUUUUGCUUUUUCCGAUGGCCAAGUUUGCGUUUUUUCACUGUCAGACUUUGUAUGAUCGAUGCUAUUAACCCAAUUCUUUUAUGAACUGCUAUAGUGAAAGGAACUUAAUGUAUGGACACAACAGCUGAGAAAGGUAAUAGCUGCCAAGAGAUAAAUGUUGACUGAAGAGAUCUUUUUAAAUUAAAGCUGGAAUAGUUCAAAUCAUUAAUCUGAAAUAAAAAUGUGAUAUUUAUUUAUUCUUUCCCUCCCAAAAUAAUGUACAGUGGUAGUUACAUACAUACGGCAUGUAUCUCAUCUCAUAGUUAAAAUGCAGUCG